AUGAAGUCACCUUCAACAGUAAAGGAAAUACAAAGUCUGACGGGCAGAGCAGCGGCCCUCAACCGAUUCCUCUCGAGAUCCACCGACAAGUGCAGACCAUUCUUCAAGGCUUUAAAGAAGGGGCAAAGAGAUAAAUGGGAUGAGGAGUGCGAAGAAGCUUUCCAGAAUCUAAAGACUUACCUCACUUCACCUCCUCUGCUCUCGAAGCCAGUUCCUGGUGAAGACUUGUUCGUGUACCUGGCGGUGUCCAACUUAACCGUCAGCUCAGCUCUCAUCCGAGAAGAACUGGGGGCCCAACAUCCGAUAUUCUACACGUCAAAAGCCCUUCUCGAUGCUGAGACUCGCUACCCAAAAUUGGAGAAGCUCAUUUUGGCCCUUGUAUUUUCUGCGAGAAAGCUACGACCCUACUACCAAGCUCAUCGAGUCAUCGUCAUGACUGACUUUCCUUUGAGGUCAAUCCUGAACAGCCCUGACGCGUCUCAACGACUCAUGAAGUGGGCUAUAGAGCUAAGCCAAUACGACCCCCUCUACCGGUCGAAGACUGCAAUAAAAGCCCAGGCUUUGGCAGACUUUGUCACAGAAUUCACGCCAUCGUCUGAAGAAGAGAAGCUGGUCAGCAAAAAGAAGGAAAGUUCGAGAGCAGACAAGACCUCCAAUGAACCUGACCAACCCAGAGACAUGUGGCAGUUGCGCGUAGACGGAGCGUCGAACCAAAAAGGAGUUGGGGCAGUUGUCGUCAUCAUCACUCCGGAUGGAACCCUGUUGGAGCAAGCUAUCACGCUUGGCUUCCCAGCCUCAAACAACGAGGCAGAAUACGAGGCAUUGCUCGCUGGCUUGCGCUUGGCAAAGGAGCUGUCAAUCAAGAAGCUGGCCAUCUACUCAGAUUCCCAGCUAAUCACAAAUCAAGCCUCAGGAGAAUACAUGGCGAAGCACCCAAGGAUGAUCUUGUACCUUGACAAAGUCCAAGAGCUGUUGAAGGCGUUUCCUACCUUCACCAUCCAACAAGUGCCUCGAGCAGAGAAUGCGCACGCAGACGCACUGGCGAGCUUAGGAUCAGCGCUUGAUACCCAGUUCAGACGCUCUAUCCCGGUCGAGCACCUUGACCAGCCAAGCAUAGAAGAGGCAGAACAGCCAAACUUGAUGCAGAUCGAUGAGGAUCCUAGCUGGCAAGACCCUAUCAUUGACUACCUGGUUAACGAAAACUUACCCAAGGACAAGUCCGAGGCUCGGAAAAUCAAACAGAAGGCUGCGAGGUACUACAUGAAAGGUGACAUGCUUGUUCGCAGAUCAUACUCUGGCCCUCACCUUACUUGCAUCAAGUACCUGCAGACGCUCGAGGUUCUUUGCCAAAUACACGACGGCGAAUGUGGAAAUCACGCUGGGGGUAGAUCGCUUGCCCAGAAGGCUUUCAGCACAGGCUACUUCUGGCCUACCAUGCGCCAAGACUCCACGGAGUAUGCUCAAAGAUGUGAUCGGUGCCAACGAUAUAAGCCGAUCCCUGGCUUGCCAGCUGAGGAAUACCAUCCGCAGAACAGUCCAUGGCCUUUCAUGCAAUGA